UAACAAAGAAAAAGAAAAUCCAUUUCCGUUUGACGUUAAGGAUCUAUAAAUUAAACGUACACGUGUGAUUCAGAUUCUCAUACGUAUUCUCGAAAGCUGUUUUUUUAUUAAUAAAACAUCAGCUAAGCUGAAAUCUUAAUAAGAACUAAACUAUAGAGCUAAAAACAGCUGAGAUCUCGAUUUAUGUUCUGGUUGCUAAUUGAUCGACGUGCUCGAUUAGUAAUAGCAAAAAUAAAAAUUUGAAGAAUAAUUUCAUGGAGGACAAAAACCAUGUGCAAAGAACACAUUCACAAAAUAUUAUUUUCUAUUUGUGAGUAAAAGAAUACUAUCAUAAAAACAACAAAGAAAAGAAUAAUUAAUUAUUUGUCGUCUCAAGUUAAGGAUCCAACAAUUAGAAGUUGAAAGAGAUUUCAUGACUCAAAACUUAUAUAUUGUAGAGACUUGUGCAUAAUUUUAGUUUUGUAUACCAAAAUCCAAAUAACUCAAAAAGUUCAACUUUUUUCUUAAAAAAAAAACAAUAUAUAUAGAAAGAUAAAACUGAGAGAGUAUCCAUGGAUGUAGCUGGUGAAUUCCAUCGAAUAGAAAAAGAUGGUAAACUAUAUUUUGAAUAUCACCAUUCAAAAUACCAUCCCAUACCCCAAAUUCAAAGCUUAUCCUCCUCCAAUGAAACAAUCAUCAACAACCACACAUCUCAAUCUCUUUUCGUAUGUCCAGUUACACGAUGUCGUGUUGCACUUAAUGAGUCACCUGAUAGAUCCACAUUUUCUCCAAUCUUUUCUUCUCCAGAGUAUCUCUUCUCUACAAUAGAUCAUGAUCUUUACCAUUCAUUACUCCCUUUGUUUUGGUGCAACAAUAAAGACUUUGAAAUAGAUGGUGGGUGUGACAUAUGCAAAGGUUUAAAUUCUGGCACCGAUUAUUAUCUUUGUGAUUACUGUAAUGGAAAGUAUCACAGAGAAUGUGUUCAGUCUCCACUUAAAAUAAAAUCUCCUUAUCACCUUCAGCAUUCUCUCCAACUUUGCUUUUAUUGUCCAAGUGCUCGCAUCAUCGAAUGUUUAGUCUGUGGAAGAACAAUAAGCCGUCUACUAUAUUAUUGUGACAUUUGUCGAGUUUUCAUGCAUUCAGUAUGUGUCAUGAAACCCAUACCCUUUGUUAUAGACCUACCAAAAAGGCAUGAUCAUCCUCUCACUUUUUUUCCUAGACAAACUUCCUUAACUUGCAACGUUUGUGGCUUGUUGAGAAAAAUGUAUCCCACAUAUAUAUGUGUCACAUGCAACUUUGUAGCUCAUAAAGAUUGUAUGUAUUUUCCUCGCAUCAUCCAAAUAUCACGUCACCGCCAUCGUAUCUCUUACAAAUCUUCACUCCCUUCCGGAGAAUGGUUAUGUGGAGUUUGUCGCCAAAAUAUUGAGAUCGAUUAUGGUGCUUAUAGUUGUGACAAGUGUUGUGAUUAUGUUGUCCAUUCAAUAUGUGCUCUAGGGAAGGAUGUGUGUGAUGGAGAAGAUCUGGAAGGUGUACCAGAAGAAGAUGAUAUAACACUAGGUGUUGAAUCAUUUGAUGUGAUAUCUGAAGGAGUGAUACUUCAUUUUCUUCAUGACCAUCAUCUCUACCUCCAGGAAAGUAUACUUUAUGAUGAGAAUAAGUUUUGUCAAGCUUGUGUUCUACCUAUCUUUGAAGGUAAUAUUUAUUCUUGUAUCGAGUGUGGCUUCAUCCUCCAUGAAACAUGCGCACAAUCUCGCCGCAAAUUACAACAUGCGUUACAUCCUCAUCCACUUACACUGAGGCAUGUGAAUCCAUAUGAAUAUGUUGGCUUCACGUGCGAUGCAUGUGAUCGUUUAUGUGGUGGGUUUAUCUAUGGGUGUCAUUUAAAGGAAUGUGACUUCGAUCUGGAUAUACGGUGUGCUUCAAUAUCUGAACCGGUUGAUUACCAAGGUCAUGAACAUCCCUUGUACUUAGCUUUAAACUCUGAAGAACAGCCCGUAUGUCAUGUAUGCCAAAUAAAAUGUGAGAAGCAAUUAAAUUGCAUCAUCUGCAAUUUUAUUAUAUGCAUUAAAUGCACUACCUUACCAUAUAAGGUAAGGUAUAAGCAUGAUAAACAUUUUCUCAGAGUUCUGUGGGAAGAAGAAAUAUGUGACAAAAGUUGGUGUGAGGUGUGUGAACAUGAUUUGAGAAAUACAAACACAAAUGUGAUCUAUUGGUGCGAUGAAUGUUGCAUCACCGUUCAUGUUGAAUGUUUAUUUGGUGAUGACCCGUAUCUGAAGCAUGGUCAAUUUUUAAAAGAAAAUGGUAUCAAGCUCCAAAUUCUUUGGAAAAGCAAUAUUUCUCGACCAUCGUGCAAUUACUGCAAAAACCGUUGUCAACACAAAAUGUUUAUGAGAGACGAUAUCGUAGCAUGUUCUAAGAGAUGUGCUCUUAGCAAUAGUUUUUUUUUUUUUUUAACACUUUGUGACUAUAACGUGAUGGUUUGAACAAAAAGAGAAGAAGAAAGAUACGAGAAAAAAAACAGAGUGCGGAAGAUACCAACAGGGCCCCACACUCAAAAUAAAAAACGAACAACAUAAAUCAAAUAACAGCACUCCACUCCCGUAGAACUCGCAGUUGCGAAGGAAGUAUCUCAAGCCUGUCAUGAAUUCGCACCGCCGCAACCCCAACUAAUGCGCACUGAAUAUCCCACUCUCAUCCUCACGUACAAUGGGCAGUAACCACCCAGGGCAGUCCGUAGCUAUGUAGGACGCGUAGCGUUGAUCUCUAGUGACACUGAGAGCAAUUGCAUCUGCACAUCUGU